AUGAGGCAGCUCUUCUAUCCAUUACUUAUCCUCGCCACAAAAAGUACCCAUUCCCAAGCCUCAGCCACUCCUCUGAGAGAUACUCCAAUUCCCGCAUAUGUCUUAGAAUACGCACCACUUCAGCUUGUGCACACUAUCCCUAUGGUGAAUUGGACAUGUAUUCCAGGAUCGCCGUCGUCUACGACUCUCGACAAUCUUGCAGACCUCAACAGGCUGGGAAAUACAAGCGUGUAUCUUACUUCCCGGGAGGGCAUCGAUGCCGAACCUCAGCCAGCGUGGUUCCAGGGGGUGGAGCCAGGUAUGAAUGGUAUAAUCGAAGGUGCUGUGUCUUCGACCAUUGUCGUUCGUAAUCAUGGGGACGGAACCGUGGAUGCCUUUUACUUUUACUUCUUUGCAUACAAUCAGGGCAACACGGUGUUAGGUAUGCAGUUCGGCAAUCAUGUCGGCGAGUGGGAGCACAACAUGAUUCGCUUCGACAAUGGAGUUCCCAGAUCGCUCUGGUACAGCCAGCAUGCUGGGGGGCAGGCGUUUACCUAUGAUGCCACCGAGAAGAAGGGAAAGAGGCCCAUCGCAUAUUCGGCAAAUGGAACCCAUGCUGUUUAUGCAAUCCCAGGGUCUCACGAUCACACCAUUCCUAAUUUCAGCCUUCCCACAGGGCUGAUAGUCGACUACACGAACCGUGGAGUGCUGUGGGAUCCUACCUUGAAUGCAUAUGCAUAUAGCUAUGACACAACGGGCAACAAGUUUCAGCCCUAUGAUAUCAGCUACCCGAUCAGUUGGCUCGAGUACAAUGGACAAUGGGGAGACGAUGCAUUGCCCGGUGGACCGGAGCUAUUUGGGCAAGCCAAAUAUUCUGGGGGCCCAAACGGCCCUAAAUUUAAGCACAUCGUUCGAUCCGAAGUGUGUCCGAAGAGCCCAUGCAUAGUUCUCCCGUUUCGCAUCUGGAGCGAGGGGGAGAGCCUGAGCGGCCAGUAACUCUUUCGUGCCAUUAGUUGACUUUUGCCCGCAUGUGUUUAUCAUAAGAGUUCUGGCAAGAGCUGAUGACUCUAGAAGCUGGUCGACAAUGGAGAAGACGUGCAUAGCUUGGGGAAGUUUGCUCUCCGAGGAAGGAGAACUGUGAUUAUUGGUACAAGCACAACCAUUUCAACAAGAACAGCCAAUUUGAGAACAACUGCAGGUCAACACCUAGGGAAAUCCAA